AUGAAGGUGUAUGAUGGGGAAUUGGUAGGUAUUGCCAGAGCACUCACAGAAGCCAGCAGGUCCAGCCUAUCCUUCAAGCACAUCUGGGUUUUCACAGACAACCAAGCAGCAAUCAGCAACACUCACAGACUCUCUCCCCACCCUGGACAACAAAUUUCUCAACAGAUUCAACAACUUACAAAGGAUCUUCUAUCCUCUGACCUGGACUUACAGCUUCAUCUCCAUUGGGUACCAAGUCACACUGGUAUUCAAGGUAAUGAUGAAGCUGACAGACUUGCAAAACAAGCAGCUGAGUAUCCCCAACCUGAUAUAGACAGUUAUCUCUCACUGACCAAAUUGAAGACACAGAUCAAGCAGUAUGCCCUUAAAGCCUGGCACCAGUUAUGGACACAGCUACAACCAGCUAAACAG